AUGGGCACGGGAGAGGACGACGACGCGACGACGGCAGAACAAGGCGGAGAGGAUGAUGAGCAGACGCGGGACGCAGGAGGAGGAGGAGGGGUGAUGGCGAGCCUGGUGGGCAAGGCCAAGGGGUUCGUGACGGAGAAGAUCGCGCAGAUGCCCAAACCCGAGGCUUCGCUAGAGCGGGUCUCGUUCAAGAGCAUAAGCCGCGAGGGCGUGGCGCUCCACAGCCACGUCGACGUCAGCAACCCCUACUCGUACCGCAUCCCCAUCUGCGAGCUCACCUACACGUUCAAGAGCGACGGAAACGUCAUAGCAUCAGGCACGAUGCCUGACCCCGGGUGGAUCGGCGCCAGCGGCACCACCAAGCUGGAGCUGCCGGUGAAUGUGCCCUACGACUUCGUCAUGUCACUUAUGAAAGAUCUGAGCGGGGACUGGGACAUCGACUACGUGUUGGAGGUCGGGAUCACCAUCGACCUCCCCGUCGUCGGCACCUUCACCAUCCCGGUCAGCACCGAGGGGGAGAUGAAGCUCCCCACGUUUCGGGAUUUGUUCUGA